AAUGUCUUGAACAAAUAUAUAAGAUUAUAAAAACAACUUGAUCAAAUUUAGUUCAAGUGAUUUAGAUCAGUCCUUUUACCACUGUUUGUACUAGAUUGUCUACUAAUCGUCUCUAUUUGAACAAAUUCAUUUUGAUGAUUUAUUAUAUUGUCUUCUUGUCUACCUCAUAAAGAGAAGUCUUGGAAAAUUUCCCAAUUCUUUUUUUUUUGUUUCAAACAAAUUCGCUCAGAUCCUCUCCUUGUCCCAGAUCAAUCUUCAAAUCAAUUGUUCUAAAAGAAAAAAUGGGAUUAAAGCGACCUUUUGAUGCUGAAGAGAUGCAAGAGUGCAAUGCUAAGCAUGCAAGACAGCUUACUUACAACAACCUUGACCAGCUGAACCAGUUUGACGAAGCUGAUCCGUAUCAUCAUGUUUCUUCUAUGGAGAAGAAGACGACAGGUGUAUUAGACGGUCUGAGUGAUCUCUGUCGGAACCCUACGUGGACUAAUGAUGCAAUUCAUGUUGAGAAGGGUUUUGACUCGUCUGAACCGUAUUCGUGGAUCCCAAUAACCGAUUUGUGUCAGGAAGAUUCUCAGUCUGGAGGGUCGACUCAGUCAGCUCUCUCUAAUCAAUCUUCUGAUUCGGAUUUCACCUGGAGGCCACUUUCACCAGUGGGAGACGUUUAUUCUUGUCUGAUGAAUCAGCCACCUAGGAAACAAGUUCCUCUUGGGUCUAAUCACCAGGCGGAUAUUCCUGAGUUUGUCCUUGAUCAGUCAGAGGGUACUAACGGUGACUUGGAAGAGAAGCUGAUGGGAAAGUGCAUCAUACCAAUGCCUAACUCAGACCUUUGUGGAACUGGCCAAGGAAGAAAGGAAUGUCUUUUCUCAGAUAAAUACUCCAUUAGAUGCGUGCAGCGACAUAUCAUGGAAGCCAGAGAAGGGAUGGUUGAAAGGAUUGGAUACCAAAGGUUUCUGGAGCUGGGGUUGUGUGGAAUGGGUGAGGAAGUUGCAAGCUUAUGGACUGAAGACGAAGAAGAUCUCUUUCACAGGGUUGUGUACUCUCAUCCUUUUUCAGUGGGUCGCAACUUCUGGAGGCAAUUAAAGGAAACGUUUCCUUCAAGAACCAUGAAGGAAUUUGUUAGUUACUACUUCAAUGUCUUCAUCUUGCGAAGGCGAGGUGCCCAGAAUCGGUUCAAAGCCCUAGACAUCGACAGUGAUGAUGACGAGUGGCAAGUUGAAUAUAAGAUUUUUAACAGCACCAAAUCUUUAGAUGAGGAAGAAGACAACAAUGCAAAUCGCUCCUCGUAUGAAGAUAACGAGGAAGAAGAAGAAGAAGAAGAAACCAACAGCAGCGAUGAUGAUGAAGAAGAAGAAGAAGAAGAAGACUCACCAAGUAACGAUGCUCAUUGUGUAUAUAUGGAUAAAGCUUCAAGAGACAGUGUUGGUGAGGAGGUAAACGUGGAAGACGACUCAUGUUUGUCCUUCGAGUUACAAGACUCCAAUUUGAUCUUCAGUCACAACCCAAUGGAAAACAGAGAGUGUCACAGAUCUGGUGAUGAGUCGUAUAAGUAUGAUGAUCAGAGACUCACAUCAGAUUGUUGGACCAAGAACAACGACCUUCUACCAACUUCCAACAUCAUUGAGGAAAUAUUUGGUCAAGAAGACUGGGAAGAUAAUGAUGAUGAUAACUUGAAGGGGAAGUAAAUGUAAAAAAAUAGUUUUCUUCUCCUCUUCCAUGGAUUUCUGCUAAGAUUUAUUUUUUUUCCUAUGUGAAUUAUCAAAAAAAAAAAUGCAGAAGUUUUCUCCUUGAAGUUUUUGGUUGUUUAGGUUGAAGAAGAGACUUCCUGAUUGAUUUGACUCUGUAAAAAAAGCUAUUAAGAAUCCAGGAACCUUUUUUGUUUUUUUUUGUUGUGUACAUUAUUUUGCUGUAAAAAAGAAAUGAACAAAGGAAUGCUAAGUUAUCCAUGUGUUUGUAUUAAA